GUGACACGCUACUCACAAGUUCACAGCAUUUAGACAGAAAUAUAUCUCCGUACAAACCCCGGCGAACACACUACUUGAGAGACCUGUGAUGGCGGGACUGUGACGACGUUACGACAACGGCAAAACGUAAUUAAGCGAGAAAACAAACAGCCAAUUGCGAUUCUCACGGGAAAAUAGUACACUGUCGCAUUCGUAUUUUGCUACUGUAGCGCACGUACGUCUUACGUUCGGCAAACAUCAGAAACAUAAAGUUGACUUAACAUGGCUUACACCGUUGCAGGUGGAACCAAGAAGAAGGUCUGCUACUACUACGACGGUGACAUUGGAAAUUAUUAUUAUGGACAGGGGCAUCCCAUGAAACCACACCGAAUUCGCAUGACCCACAACCUACUGCUGAACUAUGGACUGUACAGAAAAAUGGAAAUAUAUAGACCACAUAAAGCCACUGCAGAGGAAAUGACCAAAUACCACAGCGAUGAUUACAUCAAGUUCCUUCGAUCCAUUCGACCGGACAACAUGUCAGAAUACAGCAAACAAAUGCAGCGCUUCAAUGUUGGUGAAGAUUGUCCUGUGUUCGAUGGGCUGUUUGAGUUCUGCCAACUAUCUACUGGUGGCUCUGCUGCCGGUUCGGUAAAGCUCAACCGGCAGCAGACAGACAUUGCUGUGAACUGGGCCGGGGGGCUUCACCAUGCUAAGAAGUCAGAGGCCUCCGGCUUCUGUUACGUCAAUGAUAUUGUCCUGGCCAUUCUGGAGCUGCUCAAGUACCACCAGCGGGUGGUGUACAUUGAUAUCGACAUCCACCAUGGGGAUGGAGUGGAGGAGGCCUUCUACACCACCGACAGGGUCAUGACGGUGUCCUUCCACAAGUACGGAGAGUAUUUCCCUGGGACUGGAGACCUCAGGGAUAUCGGAGCUGGUAAGGGCAAAUACUACGCCGUCAACUUCCCUCUGAGGGACGGCAUUGAUGAUGAGUCGUAUGAGCAGAUCUUCAAGCCUGUGAUGGCCAAGGUGAUGGAAAUGUACCAGCCCAGUGCUGUGGUGCUGCAGUGUGGGGCAGACUCCCUCUCAGGAGACCGACUGGGCUGCUUCAACCUCACUAUUCGCGGCCAUGCAAAGUGUGUCGAGUACAUCAAGUCGUUCAACCUUCCCAUGCUGAUGCUGGGUGGGGGAGGAUACACCAUCCGAAACGUGGCACGCUGCUGGACCUACGAGACGGCUGUGGCCCUGGACACCGAGAUUCCUGACGAGCUGCCGUACAAUGAUUACUUUGAGUACUUUGGACCCGACUUCAAACUGCACAUCAGUCCGUCCAACAUGACCAACCAGAAUACAUCAGAGUACAUGGAUAAGAUCAAGCAGCGUCUGUUUGAGAACCUGCGGAUGUUGCCCCACGCCCCGGGAGUGCAGAUGCACGCCAUCCCCGAGGACGCCGUCCCUGAUGACAUAGCGGAUGAGGACACCGAGGAUCCUGACAAACGCGUGUCCAUCCGUGCUUCAGAUAAGAGGAUAGCCUGCGACGAGGAGUUUUCUGACUCGGAGGACGAGGGAGAGGGAGGAAGGAGGAAUGUAGCCACUAAUAAGAAGGGAACAAAACGGGCACGGUUAGAGGAGGACAAGGAGGGAGAGGAGAAGGAGAAAGUUGAGGUGAAAGAGGAAAAAGCUAAAGAAGCGAGCACGGAGAAAACGGACACAAAAAGUCUGAAGACUGAGCCGACCAGCAGUCCCUAACGCAGCCACAUGGGGGUGCUGUGGUCCCACUCCAUGAACUGUCCUCCGGGUCAGUGAGGGCAGCUCAUUGUGGUUGAUUCUUCUAUCAGAUUCAUCGUAUUUAUUAUAAUGGAUGUGUAUGUCGUAGUUUUACGUCAUUGUGAAGAUUUUGUUUACUGUGGAACAGUGGAUUACUACAAACCUUAAUUUACUGUGCUUUACUUUGAUACUCCUUGAAUGCAUUUAUAGUGCAACAUGCUUUACCUUCUGAAUGAGAAAUAUCCACCUCUAAUUUGGUACACAUUUCAGAGAAGAUUAUGUGGGUGUUCUUUUAGAUUAACCUGUUAAAAUUGAUAUUUUGCAUUUGUCAAUUAAAAUCUUUUUAUACCUAA